ACUUCUAUGGAUAAUGUAUCCGACUCUAUUCUCAAUAUUUCGGAUUCAUUCCUCAACUCCUCAGAAUCCGUGGACUCAACUCUCAUCUUUGGCCCUCAAAGGGAUUCUCUCUACAUAGUAAUACCAAUAACAAUAAUUUACUCACUUAUAUUUAUCACAGGGCUUUUCGGUAACAUAUUCACAUGUAUAAUUAUAAUUCGGAAUCAAAACAUGCACACAGCUACAAAUUAUUACUUAUUCAGCUUAGCAAUAUCAGAUCUGCUUUUGCUUGUAAGCGGAAUGCCCCAAGAAAUAUAUUCCAUUUGGUCGAAAUGGCCCUACGUUUUUGGUCAUACCUUUUGUUUGAUACGUGGCCUAGCUGCGGAGACAUCAACAAACGCGAGUGUUUUGACAAUAACCCUGUUUACAAUAGAAAGAUACCUUGCAAUAUGUCACCCGUUCGUUUCCCACAAAAUGUCGAAACUAAAUCGAGCAAUAAAACAUGUAAUCUUGUUAUGGAUUGCUUCUUUCGGGCUAGCACUUCCGCAAGCUCUACAGUUCGGUAUUAGAGUGUACAAAGGUGUCACUAUGUGCUUACAAACAAGGGUUAUUAUCGAACAUUCCUUCGAGCUGUCGACUUUCUUUUUCUUUUUCGCGCCGAUGAUCGUCAUAACAGUGCUUUAUUCACUAAUUGGAUUGCGGCUCAAUAAAUCGAACGUCACUAAGGAGAAUUUAAUGGCGCAGAAGGAAAUGAUAAAGAUCAAGACACACAAAAUACAGAGAAAGAAUAGCACACAAUCAACAAAACGAGUUGUUAAAAUGUUGGUUGCGGUCGUCGUUGCGUUCUUCAUUUGCUGGGCACCAUUCCACGCUCAGAGACUGGUGGCUAUCUACGGGACUACAGAGAACCAUCUGGCGAAGUCACCGUUGCUACUGUUCGCGUAUCAUUUCCUCACCUACACAUCAGGAGUGUUCUACUAUCUGUCUACGUGUAUCAACCCUAUAUUCUACCAUAUUAUGUCAAAUAAAUUCAGAGAUGCAUUUAAGACAACUAUGAUGCAAUGGUGCUUCAGAUACAAGGAGAGUCCAUCGACCCGGUGUUCAUACAAUGCAGUACGAAAUAAAAAUCCGACAUCAAGCGGCUCUAUCAACUGCGGUUCCUUUAAGAACCAGUCAAUAUCAAGUAAUCCUGGUCAGCCAAACAUCACCGAUACCAACACCGUACAUCUAGACCGUGUGUUCAAAAUGUGUGAGAAGUGUAAACGAACAUUUGCCGUGCCAUCCCUCAUAGAACUUAAAAGUUGUAACCAUUCUCAUGAUUUGGAUACAGUUAUUAACCAUACUACAGAAUAAAUAUGUACUUAAAGAUGGUAUUGGAAACAAUAGGUUUACUGAGCAAUCAAAUUUAACACUGUCCAUAAAUUGUUUCUUGUAAUUAGUGUCAAUAGUUGUAAAUAUAGGUAAGGUAUAAUAGAUAGUUGUGUAUGACGGACUUAUAAUAUUUAUAUUGUAUUUCUAUAUUUUUGAGACUGGUAAGAUCUUGCUAAUAAGAAAACCGUUGUAAUAUAAUAGUAAGAUUUAUGAAUAAUGCUUCGUAAAUUAAAACUAGGUAAUUAUAUUAACUUAAUGAGUAGGUAAUACUUUUAGAAACUGAUGCUUUUGUAUAACACUCUGUUCCUAAGUCUGUACUUCGGAGUUUAAAGUGAGUUUAGCUAUUCUUAUAUAGUAUUGACACGAGAGUGGGUCAGGGAAUAAUACUCCGCUUAUAGGAACGAGUCUUUAUUUGCGUUCACUUUUUCUGAACUUGCACUUCGCCGUUCUGCCGCUGUUCCUCUUGUGGGCGGCGGUACCUUCAACGCGUCACACCGCACCGAACACUAAGUCUCUUCUAUCUGCUUCUUCUUGGAACACUUUCACUUUUCACUACUUCUUCUUUUCUUCUUCUUCUUCUUCUUUACACUUUCGUGUCAGAACUAGAACUGCCGUAGGCCACGCUUAGUACGGCUUAUAUACCCCCGGAUCUGUUCUAUUUUCAAAAUGAUUCUCCCAUUCCAUAUUUAAAUUAAAAUUGUACCAGAAAAUUCUUUUAACUAUUUUUAUCCUGCUUACACAUUUACCAUCCCCUUUUUUUGUUCGAUUGGAUCCUGAACUUACUAGAAAUUUCCACUAACUUUACAAAACCCAAAAAAAUUCCAUACACUGGUAGGUGUAUCGAACCCGGGUCUACAGCGUCUAAAGUAAACACUUUUACGCUAAAGCUACGAGUAUUGCUGACAGAGUUAUGCUAGUGAGUGUGCGGUUAGGCGGGAUACUAGUUACAAAAUUUUUUUCACUUAAAUAAUCAUAUAUGGUCACAAAUACUUAGAAAGUAUCCUUUUUACACUUAUUCACAACGCACGACGGCAUUUUUAAAAUAUUUUAUUGAGACGCAAACUGAUCUGUCACAGACGACAACAAUUCUCCUAUCGGCCUGUAGUAGUGUAAGUGUGUGCGUGGGGCUAUGUAUUUACACGUCAAUCGGCUUGUUUUGGUGUUAUGUAAGGUGACACGGAGUUCUUAUUUUUUUACUAGUCCGUGGCUCACGCUCUAACACAUUUUGACAUCUAUCUCUUAAAUCGUUAAAAACAAAAUGGCGGAUGUUAUAUUUAACAACAACAAGUGUUAAUUAAUAAUUAUU